CGCACAGCCAUGUCGCAAAAACCAGCUAUACCAUCCUGGCAGCGUGCCCAAGCCACGACUCCUUCCCCGCCGUCACCAUCGUCACUGUCCCCAUCUCCGGAACAAGCGACGCCGCCAUCGCAGCAGCAGCAGCAGCAGCCAGAUCCAGAACCACAAUCAACACCCAAUCCUAAACAGUCUUCAGUCGAUCAAGCUCAAAGCGAGCCAUCCGAGUCCGAUUCCUUGCACGAUCAAGCAUUGCGCUUCCUCCAAGAUCCCACAAUUCGCGAUGCGCCGCGGGAAAGGAAGGCCGCUUUUCUGCAAUCUAAAGGUGUAGACCAAGAAGAAAUCGAGAGAUUGUUAGGGAAGCAACAAAUUUCUCAAGAUGCGCUGCCAGAUCUGUCCAAGGCCGGUGAAAUUGCCUGGUCAUCGACACCUCCAAAACAAGUCUCUGCCCCAGCGCGCCCAUCACCGCCUCCUCUGCCCCGAGAUAUUCCUCCCAUAGUCACCUAUCCCGAAUUCCUUGCCCAACCAAUGCAACAACCGCCCCUCAUCACGACCCAGCGGCUACUCAACACCGCAUACAUAACUGGCGGACUGAUCUCCACGAUUUACGGUCUGUCGAAAUACAUCAUAGCCCCAAUGACGCAGAAUUUGGCCGAAUCGCGCCAUGAUUUCUCGACACAUACUCAAGAACAGCUCGAAGAGCUGAACAAGCGAUUGAAGGAUGCUGCUUCUGUUGAUCCUGCCGCCAAAGUCAAAGCCAACACAUCUGAUAUGGCCGACGAUGUAUCCGAAGCCGACUCCGACCCUACCGAGCUGUUUCACAGAGAUUACGGAACCCAAACCACCCCCGCUCUAUCGCGACGACCGUCGCUCGCCUCCACUGACGAAGAAGAUACCCCUGUGAAAGGUCACGAAAACCGCCUCAAGAUCUUGACAUCACAUCUCCGCGAGCUUCAAUCUACCAAAAAUAACGAUGCCACUAGUUCAGCUUCAUUGAACUCAAAGCUAGCGGAUUUAACAACAUAUCUGAGCGAGAUGAGUUACCAAAACCAGUACUACUCUUCGGGAAUGAGUGGAUUUUAUGGUAGCUCAUAUGGAGUGCCAAAGAGCAAGGAUGGGAAAGAUGAUCAGAUCGAGGUGAUGAAAGGUGACAUUAGAGCCGUCAAGGGCGUCUUCUUGAGCGCUAGAAAUUUCCCUGCUGGCGGCAGAAAUACCAUACCUUCAGGGAGGUCUGGCGUAUGA